GGCUGGGAGGGAGUCGCUGCAUCUGGCGCAGGUCAAUAUUUAACGGUAUAGCCAAGCUCCGCCCCUCACAUUCAGCCCUCGGCCCCCUGGGAAAGCGCCUUUCUAACCCUAGUUACGUAAGGAAGAGCCGCGAAGCUGCUGUCCACGUGGACUGGUGCUGAAAUCUCUCGUCUGGCUGCCAGGCACUGCCACCCCAAGCACAGAGACAUGGCGACCAACGGAACUAAAGUCGCCGAUGGACAGAUCUCGACAGAAGUGAGCGAGGCCCCCGUUACCAACGACAAACCCAAGACCCUGGUGGUGAAGGUUCAGAAAAAGAAAACAGAAGAAGUGGAAAGAGACACCUGGAAAGGGAGGUUUGACUUCCUGAUGUCCUGUGUGGGUUACGCCAUCGGGCUCGGGAAUGUGUGGCGCUUCCCCUAUCUCUGCGGCAAGAACGGCGGCGGGGCUUUUCUCAUCCCGUAUUUCUUGACACUCAUAUUCGCUGGAGUCCCUCUCUUUCUGUUGGAGUGCUCUCUGGGGCAAUACACAUCGAUUGGGGGCCUUGGAGUAUGGAAACUUGCCCCCAUGUUUAAAGGUGUUGGACUCGCCGCCGCCGUCCUUUCCUUUUGGCUAAAUAUCUACUACAUUGUUAUCAUCGCCUGGGCCAUCUACUACCUCUACAACUCCUUCACCACAACCCUCCCUUGGAAACACUGUGACAAUUCCUGGAACACCGAGCGCUGCUUCUCCAACUACAGUAUCGCCAACACCACCAACAUGACCAGCGCCGUCGUGGAAUUCUGGGAGCGCAAUAUGCACCAAAUGACCGACGGGCUGGAGAAACCGGGGCAGAUCCGGUGGCCGUUGGCGAUCACAUUGGCCAUUGCAUGGGUUUUGGUCUAUUUCUGCAUCUGGAAAGGAGUCGGCUGGACUGGAAAGGUGGUGUACUUCUCAGCGACCUACCCCUACAUCAUGCUGGUCAUCCUGUUCUUCAGGGGGGUGACCCUGCCGGGGGCCCUGGAUGGGAUUCUGUUCUACAUAACCCCCAAAUUCAGCAAACUCUCCGACUCCGAGGUCUGGUUGGACGCGGCGACUCAGAUCUUCUUCUCGUACGGCCUGGGGCUCGGCUCCCUCAUCGCCCUGGGAAGUUACAAUCGCUUCCAUAACAACGUAUACAGGGAUUCUAUCAUCGUCUGUUGCAUCAACUCCUGUACCAGUAUGUUCGCUGGGUUUGUCAUCUUCUCCAUCGUCGGCUUCAUGGCCCAUGUGACUAAGCGACCAAUAGAGCAAGUGGCCGCCUCAGGUCCUGGGUUGGCGUUUCUGGCCUAUCCCGAAGCAGUGACACAACUCCCCAUAUCUCCGCUGUGGGCGGUGCUUUUCUUUUCCAUGUUGCUGAUGCUCGGGAUCGACAGUCAGUUCUGCACAGUGGAAGGAUUUAUCACCGCUCUGGUAGACGAAUUUCCGAAGUUGUUGCGCACACGGAGAGAGAUUUUUAUUGCAGUCGUUUGCGUUGUUUCCUACUUAGUGGGACUGUCCAACAUUACCCAGGGCGGAAUUUAUGUAUUCAAGCUGUUCGACUACUACUCGGCCAGUGGGAUGAGCCUCUUGUUCCUGGUCUUCUUUGAGUGCAUCUCCAUCUCUUGGUGUUAUGGCGUCAACAGAUUCUACGAUAACAUUGAGGAAAUGGUCGGCUACAGGCCCUGUAUCUGGUGGAAACUCUGUUGGUCUUUUUUCACCCCCAUCAUCGUGGCAGGAGUGUUCCUGUUCAGCGCCGUACAGAUGACCCCCCUCACUAUGGGCAGCUACGUCUUUCCCUCCUGGGGGCAGGGAGUCGGCUGGUUCAUGGCUUUGUCGUCAAUGGUGCUAAUUCCCGGUUACAUGGUGUAUCUGUUCCUGUCUCUGAAAGGAUCAUUGAAACAGCGCCUGCAAGUCAUGAUACAACCAACGGAGGAAGUGGUCCGCUCUGAAAACGGGCCGGAACAACUGUCCCAGAGCAACUCCGCCAACAAGGAAGCUUAUAUAUAACCAGGUUUCCGUUCCCGUGAUGCAGUCGAGAAGAUAUUCCUGAAAUCGAAAAACGGUCGGUUAACGACCACAAAUUUUUACAUCUGGAACAAAGAAUUUACCUACCUCCAGUGGCAAAAAGGGGACCAUCCGCAACAAAGAGCACAAAGAAAAAAUAUCUUGGGUUAUUUUCGUAAUAUUUUUGUGGGUCACAUGACCGAACGGCAUCGGCCGGGUUAGACUGUUAGCGUUUGUAUCUUUUCUGCCGGAGUUUCUCCUCCGUCCCUUGGCAUGAACAUGUGAGUUUGUCCCAUUCGUAUCCGCGUAACCGGCCCCCAGCAACAUAGCUAGAACCUUGUUUUUAGUCCAUAUUUGUACCAGUGAUUUCAAAAAUAUAUAUAUAUAUAUAUAAAAGAUAUUAUAGCAAAAAUACAUUUAUCUCGUAUAUCGACCAAAAGCACAUUUUACGGAGAUUUUUUUUAAGUUUUGUUUUCUUGAAAUAGAAAUAGAUCUCGUUCGUUAUGAACUACGGAAGCACAAACGGUCGACUGUUACAAAGUAGAUCAAAAGAUCCCAGAAUCCUUUGCUUGUCGCCGAUCGUAUUUACGCAAAAAAAAUAAUCGUUAUCGUUUUUGAAAGUCAGCGCAUUGUUUGUGAAUGAAAAGGGCAUUAAAACCUUUAUGAAUUGGUUGUUACACGCAGGACUUUAUGCCACAUAUCGACCCCCCCCCC